AUGUCCGACGACAGUUCCUACCUGUCGUUCCUCGAAAAGGCCAACGCGAACCCCAAGGCCGGCCAGACCCUCGCCGAGUCCGAGUCGACGUCUCAGCAGCGGUCGCGACUGGACCCGACCAGCUCGUCGUCAGACGCCUUGCCGGCUUCCCUGAAGGCGCUGCCGGACGUCACCUACACGUCGGAGACGGACUCGCCGUUUGAGCCUGUCCUGUUCAACUACUCCGGCUCCGAGCUCCCCAAACCGGAAGAAUUCGUCAACUGCCUCACGCCCACCAAGUCGGGCGAUGGCGGCCCCGUUGUCGAGGAGUUGAAUGUUGGGGAUUUUGACCCCAGAGGGCAGUACGGCGAGGUCGUCCAGAGGGUGGAACAGGCGGGGAAGGGGAAGGCGGGGGUCAAGGUUUAUAGAGUGGAAAUGAGCAAGACGAGAGUCGAUUAUUAUAUCUUGACCGUGGGGGAGAGGAUGUUGGUCGGUGUUGUGACCAAGGCGGUGGAGAGUUAG